GGACCCCGAUGUGUAUAUGGCUGGUAACAUUGCACCUAAUAGUACGCCGUGUCUAAUGUGAUCAAGUCCUUUAUAUUGUGCAUCCUUGUACAUGUGGAAUAACAAAUUUCUCGUGUCAUAGUCACCGUUUAGCUCGAAAAUGUCCCAUCUGUAAGUUGUGAGCGCCCAGAACGACGCGUUGCUAGGAAACCAUUGAUCUGAUGCCUGAAGGAUGUAUGUAUUCAUGUAGAGGGAAGCCGGGCGUGUGUAUUAACUGAUCCUUCUAUCAAUGGUGUUGGGAUGUUGGGGGAAGUUUAAAAUGAGAAAAGGGAUUUCGUAGUUUUUUCUUGAUUUUUUUCCCCCUCUUGUUUCUUGCCCCAUCCCCACUCCCCGAUGCUCGUUAGGAAAAGAAAACCAUUCACCAGCGAAGAGGAAAGGCAACAAAACGUGUUAGAAAUUGGAAGUCCAGUCGUCUGCUGGCAAGCCUCAUGGUCGCUCCGUCUCUAUCAUCAGUUGGCAAUGUUCUGGAAAAUACUGACCAUUGAAAAAAGUACUAUUAGACUUUGUUCAGUAAUAGACAAGAACUUAGACAUUUGGUAGAGAACACGCGUCUCCACGGGUAUUCCUGGCAUGGCGACCAUGGAGAAGUUCAUUAGUUUAGUUGAUAAUUUCAACCGUUAGAUGGCGUUGGCGUAAUAUCUGUACCCCGUACACGAUCCUUGCGUCGGCGUGGUCCUGACCGGGUAGGGCUAAAAGAACUGUGGGGGAGGGGAUCAUCCUCUGACGGUCGAUGGAGGGGCACGUCAGAAGUGGCUGAGAAGACGGCGAAGGCGAUCGGCGUGUGUCCUCGCAGCGAGUACGACACGAUCGUCAAAAGGUUAGGCGGCCUCGUUGGUUCAAAGCCGCCCGACCAGACACAGUUCAUCGACAACCCAUAGUGAAAUUCCAGCAAACUGGAACCUAAAUGAACAAGCAUUUUCGGAUUGUGGGCAAAUUAUCCCGUCUCACUCACCCUGGUGUGUGUGUGUGUGUGUGCGUGUUUUUGGUGUGUGUGUGUGUCUGCCAGUGUUUGUACAGCCUGGAACGAGCUACUCAGGAAUCGGAAUGUGCGAGCGUGUGUAAGACGAGAGCAAAAUAGAAAAUUCUCUUGCCAUCUCCCCCCUCUUUGCCAGUGUGUGUGACUGUGUUAACGUGUGCAUGUGUGUGGGAUCGCAAAGAAAAGUGCUGCUAACAAGCAAAUUCUGCUGUUCCCGCCUUGAAAAUCGACUAUUGUUACCAAGCAAUUUGCAUUCACUGAUGGCCACCUAAUCGAAUCCCCAGAGACUUGAAAAAAAAAAGAAAGGAGAAAAAAAUUCAAAGCUGACAACGCCGCCUGGUGUGCUUUCGUUUUGCAAAUAUACAAGCCGUUCGUUUCAACAAAAAGAAGACGAUAUAAUCAUGGAUCCUAUGGACCGUAGAGGAACAGGCUCGUCACCGGGAAUGAUGUCUGGCGGCGGAAGUGGCGGCGGAGGUGGCGGUCUUGUCCCAGGAUCCAACAGCCAACACCAUCGCUCUCGUUCUGCCACUCGUACGUCAUCCACCAACGCCAAUCGAUCGUACCAUUCGUUGGAUCGAGACGGCCACGACCGUGAACGCGAAUUUAUGCCCAUCCGGGAGCCGAGAGAUGGACGCGAUGGCCGAGGAGGUGGUGAUAUGAGGGAUCGUUCCCUCGAGCGUGGAAUGGACGGUAUGGGUGGAGGAGGCAGAAGAGAUCGUUCCAUGGAUCGUAACGCCAUGAUGGACGAAGACAUGCUCUACGGCGGAGGAGGCGGACGGGAUAUGGUCGGUCCGGUCGGACCCGGCGGAUCCGGCCUAGCAUUACCUCGAUCCGCCCGCCAAUCACCAGCCGUGGAUAUGGGCAUGAAAGGCGGCGGCGGUAACAAUAUGAUGGGCGGCGGCGGAGGCGGCCUGACGAAUCGCGAGUCAUACCUGAUGGAAAUCCAAGCGCAAAAUGCGGACCUGUCGCGCGAGCUGGGAACGCUGAAGCGCGAGCUGGAGAUGACCAAUCAAAAGCUCGGUUCCAGCAUGCACAGCAUCAAGACGUUCUGGUCGCCCGAGUUGAAGAAGGAACGCGCUUUGCGCAAAGAAGAAUCCGCCAAGUAUUCGCUCAUCAACGACCAACUGAAGCUGUUGAAUGCCGAAAAUCAGAAACAAGCGAUGCUGGUGCGCCAACUGGAGGAGGAACUGCGCAUCAGGAGUAUGCAGAAUCCCAGCCACGAAGUGCGACAGCAGGUGGAAGCCAUGUACGCCGAGAACGAUCACUUGUCCAGGGAAGUGGCCAUCCUCCGCGAAACGGUCAAAGAACUGGAACUGAGGAUCGAAACGCAGAAACAGACGCUGCAAUCGCGCGAUGAAAGCAUCAAGAAACUCCUGGAAAUGCUCCAAAACAAGGGAAUGGGUAGUAGCCUGCUUGUUGCUUCCCCCGAUGUGGCCGAGUUUGAACGACUCAGGAGCCGUCUGAACGAGAGCCAGACGCAGACGCGCUACCUGCAGUCCAUGGUCAACAUCCGAGAUCAGGAACUGGAUCGGGCCAGAAAGGAAUCGGUGCUGUGGCAAGACAAACUGAAGAGCCUGAUCCAAGACCCUGGCCGGAGAGGCGACCACGUGACAGAGACUUGGGCGGCCCUUUUGGAGACGAAAGAGAACCGGAUCGCCGUGAUGGAGAGGGACGUCAGUUUGCUGGAGAAGGAGCUGCUCCAGCAGCAGCAGCUGAUGCAGCAACAACGCGACCACUGGAUGCGCUCGGUGGAGCAAUCCAAUCCGGCGACUCCGGUCCCGCGCACCGCCACUCCAUCCCAACAGGCGGCGGCUGCUGCGGCCGAACUCUAUCGUAACAGUCCCGUUAAUAACGGCCAAACAGCCCAGCACAAAGACGCGAUUGAAGAGCUGCGUAUGGAAAUUGGUAAACGGGACCAAGAACUGCUGGCAAUGGGGGCCAAAAUGAAGACGCUCGAAGAACAACAUCAAGAUUACCAGCGUCAUAUAGCCGUCUUGAAGGAGAGUCUUUGCGCCAAGGAGGAGCACUACAACAUGCUCCAGACAGACGUGGAAGAACUGAGACAGCGACACGAAGAAAAAAAUCGAAUCAUUGAGAAAAAGACUCAAAUUGCUCUGCAAGCCACGCAGGAGCGCAACAGAUUCACGGCCGAAGUGAACGAAAUGCGAGAUCAUCUAGACAUCCGUGAUCGCAAGAUCAACGUUCUCCAACGCAAGAUCGAGAAUCUCGAGGAUCUGCUGAAAGAAAAGGACAACCAAGUGGACAUGGCCCGUGCCCGCAUGACGGCAAUGCAGGCGCAUCACUGUUCGUCGGAGGGAGCCGUUUCGUCACUGGAGGAGGCCAUCGGCGACAAGGAGAAGCAGAUCAGUCAAUUGCGCGAGCAGAGGGACAGAGCCGAGCAAGAAAAACACGAAGAGCGCGAUUUGCACGAGCGCGAAAUCGCCGAGUACAAGAUGAAACUGCACACGCUCGAGAGCGAAGUCGAAAAGCUGGGCGUGCGGCUGGACCGAGCCCUGGCCGAGAAGGACAAACUGGAAGCCAAAUUGGAGAGCUCUCAAUCGGAGCUGGGCAAAUCCAAAGCGGAGCUGGACCGAGUCCAGGGAGACGCCGGCAAGAGCUCGGUCGAAUGGGAGUCGGCCAAGCAGCGGAUCUCGCGCUACGAGAUGGAAAACGAGCGGCUCAAGUCGGAGAACGAGCGUCUACGUCACGACCUGGACCGAUCCACUUCCACAUUUGGCCGCACCCAGUUGAACGUCACUCAGGAGGCGGAGCGCAUCCAAGAAAAGCUGGACAAGACCCAGGCGGAGUUGAGAAGAGCUCUGGCCGAGCUGCGGAUGAACCAGUCCGAAUGGGAAAGGAGCCGAGCAGAGGCGGAACAGCUGCAAGAGAAGGUUGAGAAAUCACAGGGUGAAAUCUAUCGUCUCAAAGCCAAACUGGAGAAUGCCCAAUCUGAAAAAGAAAACCUUCAGGAGGAGUACGAAAGAUGUCAAGGCAGCGUGUCACGAUUGCACGCCGAGCGUGAUAAGGCCGUCUCCGAUGUGGAGAAAGUUCGCGAAGAGCUGGAACGAUGUCAGAGCACGUUGGGCAAAUUGCAGUUGCAACAGGAGAAAACACAACAAAGUUACGACAAGGCUCAAAAUGAUGUCGAUCGACUCCAAGAGCGUCUCGACAAGGCCUUAGCCGAAUCUCGCAAAUUGCAGAGCGAGAAGGAGAAGUACGUCUACGACUUUGACAACAUGCAAGCCCAGUUGGAUAAAUCGGCCGGCCAGUUGUCUCGCGUCCAAAAGGAGAAGGAGAACAUCCAACAAGAAAUGGAGCGCUUUCGGGACAAGCACGACAAAAACCAGGCGUUGACGAUGCGAUUACAAAAGGAACGCGAUGUCGUCAGUCAGGAAGCGGCAUCGCUGAGAGAGAAGCUGGAACUAGUCCAAUCUCAGGUCGCCAAGGCAACGCGAGAUCGUGAGCUGCUUCUCAGCGAGACUGAAUCCAGCCGCGAACGUUUCGACAAAGUUAAUCAGAAUCUCCUCAAAGUGCAGACGGAGAGGGAUGACUUUGCUGCGGAAUUGAGCCUGUUGCGCGAUCGGCUGGAAAAAUCGCAGGCCAACGCGAGCAAAGCGAUCGAAGAACGCGAAAAUACGGCCAAAGAAAUGGAGCGAUUGCUGGAGAAGUCGGACAGGAGCCAAGGCGAAGUGUACCGAUUGCAGGGCAAACUGGACACGGCCCUGGCCGAACAGGAAAGGCUGCGCGUCGAGAGCGAUAAGUGCCAGUUGUUGGCAUCCCGAGCUCGCGAAGAUUUCCGCAAAGCGCAUGAAGAAUUGCAAGACGUCAAGGAAAGCCUCGACAGGGCAUUACUCCAACUCUCCAAAUCGAAAGAGCACGAAGAGAAAUUAAAAGAGGAGCUCGAAAAACACUCGGUCGACGUCGACAUGCUCCGCGAGAGACAGGAAAAGAGCCAAAGCGAAUACAGACGGGUCUACAGCGAGAAAGAGAAACUCGAAAGCGAAUUAGCCCGCGUCCAAUUCGAACUGGAGAGGACAUCUUCCCAGCAUUCGAAGGCUCACGCGACGCUGGAGAAGACGCAGGAAGACUUUGCGCGCAAGCAGGUCGAGCUGGAAAUGAUAUCCGAGAAAUACGACAGGAUGCAGGUGGAGCUGCGCCGCGUCCAGUCCGAAUGUGAUCGCUAUCGGUCCGAGUGCGAAACACAAAAGGAAGAAGUCGAUCGCUUCGCUGCGCGUAUCGGCAAAUAUCAGGAUCAACAAGAGCGCACCAAAGAAGAACAGGACAAGUUGGCCAUCGAAGCUGAACGCUACAAGGACCGGCUGGCCCGUGCGCAAUCGGAAAUGGAGAAGCUCCAGUCGCACAAAGAGAGGACGGACCAGGAGAACGCCCGUCUCAAAGUCGAAUUAGAACGGCAGGCUGAGAAUGCCAAACAGACGGCCAUGGUGUCACGCAAUCAGGCCGAAAACGCGGCCGAGUUGGUCCGCGUCCAAUCGGAAUUGAGCCGAUCGCAGAACGAGAUGCAGCGGUUGCAAUCGGAAUUGGCCAGGGCGCAGACCGAGGUCGAACGCCAUCGCGAUAAAUACGAAGCCGGCCAGCUAGAAAUCCAGCGAUUGAGAUUGAACUGCGAAAAGAGCGAAACGGAACUGUCCAGGGUCACACAAGACAUGGAGCGACGCAUCGCCCUGAUGACCAAGACCAGCAAUGAUCAGGACCGUUGCCAGAUGGAGAUGGACCGUCUCCGCAUUGAGAUUGAGAAGGUGAAGGAUAAAUACGACCGAUCGCAGGCCGAAGUGGUCAGAAUAACUCAGAAACUGGAACAGGAAGAAAGAGAUAAAGAGAAACUCAGGAUACAAGUGGCCCAGUUAGAAUCGCAAAAAGAACGAGCCCUGGGCACUGGACAAAAGCAAUGCGAAGAGCUAACGGAACGAAAUCAGAAAUUGCAAUUGGAAUGCGAACGACUCGGCCAAGAGAAAGAACGCGCCAAUGUGCAAGUGCAGAGACUCAAUCUGGAGUUGGAGAAACAUUUAAAUAAGUUCCAGGAAAAUAGCCAGGCUUCCAAGAAGGAACUCGAUCGGUUGGUAGAAGAGCGAGAGAAGCUGGCCCGCGAAAUUCAAACAACUAAGACCGAAAAUGAACGGCUGCGUGAAGAAUUGCACAGACUCCAACGUUCGCUCGAGUCCAGUCAAGGCGCCAAAGAAGAGACGAUCAAAUUGCAGAGGAUGAUCGAUACGAUGCAGAACGAGUUGGGCCGUCUCAAUGCCGAACGGGAAAAAUUAUCGGCCAACAUGUCGCAGAAGGACAAGCAAUGGGAGAAAAUGGAGAAGCAAUUAGUGAAAUUAGAAAGCGAGUUGAAGAAGGUAUCAACAGAAAGAGAUCAGGUGAUCGCCCAGCUGGAAAAAUCGCAGGAGAUGCUGGUCACGUUCCAGCACGAGCUGCAGCAAUCGGAUCAAGGGCUGGAGCGGACCAAGCAGGAGAAUGAGAGGCUUAAGAGGGAGCAGGAGCGCAUUCUGCGUGAUGUUGAACAAGGAUCGCGAGACGUGGCACAAGCGAAAGAAAAGGAGUUCCAGCGUCUGCAGAAUCAAGUCCAGCACCAGGAAAAAGAGCUGGCCAAGAGCCAGCACGAAAUGGCCAAAGAUCGGCAACGAGCCGACAAGGCCGAACGUGAUUUGGCAAAUGCUCAGCGACUCUUACAAGAACGAGCUGGACAACUGGAAGGAGCAACGUCACAGGCCGGCCAGGCAGUUGAGAUGGAAAGGAAAAGAGCCGAACGGGCAGAGCAAGUCGCUAGAGAACUGCAAGAAAGUCUGGCGCAACAGAAGAAACUAUCGGAUCAACAACAACAACAUCUGGCCCAGCUUCAACAGCAAAUAGGCCAACAACAACAACAACUUGCCCAGCAGCAGCAAUAUUUGCAAAAAGCAGCAGGCGAACAAGGUGCUAAGAGCGAAACGAUGGCCGCUGCCACGGCUGAGGUGCAAAAAUUGCGCAAAGAGCUGAACGCUGUCCAGCAUGAGGCCGCGAAAGCUUCAGCCGAGAAAGAGAAAGCUGCAGCACAAGUGGCCAAGACCCAGCAAGAAUUGAAAAGCGCUGCAGUUGAACGAGAGCGGCUUCAAUCACAGCUGGAAAUGCUCGUCAAUGAGUUAAGCAACCGACAGUGGGAAUUACAGGAAGCCACAACGACGCGCAGUGAUGGUGAGGAGACGGCCAAAUUAAGGCGGCAGGUCGAAGAGCAACGUAAGCAGCUGGAAGAAUUGCGGAGGUCAAGUGACCAGCGAGCCAAACAGAUCGAGGAACGCCAAAAGGCACUGGAGGAAGCCGAACGUCAGACUAAGAAGAGGAAAGAAGCUCUCGAUCAAUUGGAAGAGAGGCUCAAACAACAGCAAAAGGGUGGGCCGACAGCAGCAGCCGGAGCUGCGGGCAAACAGUUGGCCGAGAAGGAUUCCGAAAUCAAGCAGCUCAAAGAGGACAGCCAACGAGCGCAAAGCGAGACGGAACGGCUACUCCAGUUGAUGCAAAUGACGCAAGAAGAGCAGUUUGCCAAAGACAAGACCAUCAUGGAGUUGCAAGAGGCAUUGAGAGUGGAACGAUCGAAGCGCGCGCAAGCGAAUGCGGCGGAGGAGCGAAGCGCAAAUCAAGAUCCGCGAGGCCAGAACCGAUCACAGACGACAGAAGAGAGUGGCCAAGAGCGAGACGAUCCGCCGAAUGAUUCGUUACCGAAGCGUGUGGAUCAUCUGCCUGAAAAGAGGGAUGAACUCGCAACCGUCGUUCAACAGCUGGAGCAAGUGAUCCGCAUCAAAGAGCAGACCAUCGAUCGGCUGACGAGUGAGCUGAGUGACGCCAGAGACCAAUCCGCUCAGCUGGAAGGUCAAAGUGCCAAAAGCCUAGAUCUGAAAGAAGACAGGAUCGAAGAGCUGGAAGAAGCUCUCAGGGAAAGUGUUCGUAUCACAGCAGAUCGCGAGGUGGCGCUUGACGCCGAGUCCAAACACAGAACAAUGCUGGAUCAAAAGGUUGGGCAGCUCGAGCAACGACUACAGUCUAUGCAUAACGCCAAAAGUUUGAAAUGCCACCAAUGUCGACCGAACAGACUGAAGCUUCAAGAGCUUCAAUCGCGAUUGAGUCGGUUACUAGCAGAGAGGAGAGGCCAUCUUCACGAGCUCUUUGACAUGAAGCAAGAAGCUCUGGAAGCGGCCAUCAGCGAACGAGACGCACAGCUCGGCUUGCUCGAAGUAUCCGGAAUCAAGACGGCCAGGGCUGCCGAACGGGCUGACGAUUUGAGAGCCGAUCGAAAGAGGUUGAUGCAAUUGAUGAAACAGCAGAAUGAGAAACGAGUGAAAUUGUUACUCGAAUACGAAGACGAGAGUCUCAUCGCCAUUGAAGGUGACGAUUUCCACGCCACAGACUCGACAGAAGACAGUGAUGAUCACGUAUGCAAAUGAAAUCGAGCAAUAUAGACCAUCCCCGUCGAAGCAUACCGAUUCCGUACGCUGUUGAAUGACAAUGACAAUAAUUCAGUGAAUACUACAGGACAUAUCUCUGUAAAAUGGUAUUACGUCGAAUUCCGAUUCUUAUUUGAUUCAUUUCUGAAGAGUGCUGAUAGAGACAAACAAAAACAAAAACAUAAUUACGUAUGACAGUUAACUGCCAAUGUUCAGCGUUCGAUGGCCAAUAACUUUUCACACCUAUCUCUCUAUGUUGAGUUGUUUCUAUUUGUUAAAUCUUAUUGUCAUUGUUCUUCAUUCGUCAUUUUUUUCAACACCGUUUCACCACCGUUUCGAUUGCAAAAGUCAGAGAUUUGUUUAUUAUUAUUCUAAAAAAUGCAUACGGUGUUCGAGUCGGAUCCUCCAACGAGUCUGUGCCCCUCCCAAGAAAUAAUAAUUUAAAUAACAUGCUAACAAAUGAUUAGACAUAGCUAGUAGGCUAUAUUAUGGAAUGUGCACAAUAUUGGUAAUAAUUGUUAACCGUUUCCGAGUCUUCUUAACGGUACCCGCGCGCAUUCGUCGUGUCCGUCACCUCCCAUUUUUCCCUUCUCUUUUAUUUGUUUUAAUAUAUUCUAAAAUGGCACUGGCGAGUCUCGGACCGAUAGGGCAAGAAGACGAAAUGAAUCAACAUUAUUUACAUUUCUGAACUUGUGUGUGUGUUUCUAUGUGUGACUGUGUGAGUGUGUAUUCCGCGCGCGCGAAUGUAAACAUUUUUAUGAUUUGCCAAGCCUUUAUCUGUCCUUCUCUAUUUAUUCUCCCAAAAUAUUUCGAUGUAUCAACGUUCAACCAUCAUCUGAUCUGACGGUGAAUUUUUUUUUUUUUUUCAUUUGAUUUUUAAGGUCUUAUAACACUGUUGGGUUUCAUCCAUCUUUUCCAUUAUUAUUCUCUCACCGCGUUCCAAAAAAUAACAAAAAAUUGAGCGUUCUUGUGUUUUGACUUUUAGGUUCUAUUUUGCUCUUCUAAACAUUGGCCGCCCGUGAAAAUGCGGCUAAUAACACCGGUUGUUCAUCAUUGUUGUUACAUACACUUCUCCGCUAAUUGUA